GCACUUUGGAGAAAACGGAGCUGGACUCCGCCCCCAUAGCGCUGCUUUUCUCUCGGCUGUGCGUGCAAGGGACGUCGGGGGCGGUGCCGCAGCAGUUGCCCCUAGUAACGGGGGAGGCAGGAGGAGGAGGAGGAGGGAUUCGGCGGGAGGAUGGGCUUACUCUCAAUUUUGCGCAAAUUGAAAAGUGCGCCAGACCAGGAGGUGAGAAUCCUUCUCCUGGGCUUGGAUAAUGCUGGAAAGACUACUCUUCUGAAGCAGCUUGCAUCUGAAGACAUAAGCCACAUCACCCCUACACAGGGUUUCAACAUCAAAAGUGUACAAUCACAGGGUUUUAAACUGAAUGUAUGGGAUAUUGGUGGACAGAAGAAAAUUAGACCAUACUGGAGGAAUUAUUUUGAAAAUACUGAUAUUCUUAUAUAUGUAAUCGACAGUGCAGACAGAAAAAGAUUUGAAGAGACAGGCCAGGAACUGGCUGAGUUACUGGAAGAAGAAAAGCUAAGUUGUGUGCCAGUGCUCAUCUUUGCUAAUAAGCAGGAUUUGCUCACGGCAGCCCCUGCCUCUGAAAUUGCAGAAGGACUGAACUUGCAUACUAUUCGCGACCGAAUCUGGCAGAUCCAGUCUUGCUCAGCUCUCACAGGAGAGGGCGUGCAGGACGGCAUGAACUGGGUCUGCAAAAAUGUCAGUGCAAAGAAGAAAUAAAACCUAGACGAAUGGAGAAGCAGGAGCUGCGGGAGCCGAAUUCUGUCCUGAAAAACACUAAUUUGCUGCUUUCUGACCAAAUGUUUUUCCAUCUGUGUACAGCUACAGCUGUUUGAAGAGAGAGGAACAGCACAGUUUAAAAAAGAAUCCCCAUUCCAGCAGUAGGUUUAACUGAUCUCUGAGGUUCAGUAUCAUUUUUCAAAUAAAGGAAUUAUAUUAUAUCCUCUGCAUAAUUGAAAUAGUAUUAAAUGUCUCAAAGCACAUGAUUAGAAAAUGAAAUCUUUUAAAUGAACAAGAGAUUGCAUUGCAGUUUAGACAAUUCCAGUGGGCUUUUUUCUUUAAAAAAAAAAAAAGAAAGAAAGAAAGGAAAAGAGGAAGCAGCAGCUUAUGCUGAGUUCAUCUAUGUUUACUGACCUGUCCCUUACAUUCCCUUGUGGAUUUAAAACCACAGACAGUGUUUGCUGGUGCUGGUCAGUGAUUUUUACCAUCACCAAGUAAGCCAGGGCUUCAGUCUGUCCAACAGAAACUGCUGGGGGGCGGGGGGGAAUAGCAGAUGAUUAAACCAUCUUGUCAUGCAGGUAGGAGACUAGACUGUGUAUGUACUCCUCACCCUUUGGACAGGGAAAAAAAAAUCCUUUCUUGCAAACAAGUCCCUACAAAAACAUACCCCGUCCCCAGCCCCCUAGCCAGCCACACAGGGAAGCAAAUUCUUAUGACUUUUGACUGUAAUGACAUCUGGAAUGUAAGGAGAGGUGGGAGGUUUAAUUCCAGAAAAAUUACAAGGUCCUUAAAAAGCCCUCACACGGAGGGCUCAGGCUGGCGUAAACAGGCUUUCUCCAGUUCAGUGGAGCAAUGAGCGGGCGACUCUGAGAUUAACUGGCUUCUCUGCUGCCAUCCUAUAGAAGGGAUUUCUAAAGCUCAAAGAAUUCUGUAUUUAGAUGAUCACAAUAGGCUGCUGCUAUCAGAUUUUAAAAAUAAGUGCAGCUUUACCAUGAACCUGCUCUACUGCGAAAAGCCAGGCAGAUCGAUUUUUAGAAGAGAUCAAUUUUUACAGAGCCGGCAACUUUGUGGUGUGGGGUGAUCACAGUGGAGAGGUUUGCUGCCAGGAAGAACACGGGUGUGCAUGAUUCCAAGGGGUAUGCCCAGGGGGGGCAGAGUCACCCCCACUGCUGGCCUCCUCUGUGCUCUCUCCAGCUAAAUGUUGAUUGAUGGAAGAAGGAUGGCAGGUGACUUCUCCUGCCCCAUAAUGUAAAAAUAACUUGUUUCCUUGAGUCUUAAGAAAUCCCUGGCUUCAAACAUGGGAAAGCAGGCCAGAGCAUCGCCUGGCUCCUGAAUUAAACUCUGUUCUGGUGCCUGAGUUCAGGGGUCUUCAGAGAAUGAAUGAAUAAGAGACUGUCCUGAGCCUGGUGGGUUGCAGGAGGCUGGCUGCCUUCUCUUCCUGGGAGGUGGUCCUUCCCAAACCCACCAAGGCAUGUGAGCCGACCAUUGGGGCCUCUCCAGCCUCCAGCCCUCAGUACCCAGCUUUUUCUGGACAGGAGUUGUGCAGAUGAGACAAAAGCAUGGCCAGUUUCAAAGGCGGUCUGGGGUGAAAAUCAUUAACAAAGUCAGGCAUGAGACUGUACCCUGGGUUUGCUGUGGACAGACCUGUAAGAACUUGCAAAACAAAGGAAGAUGAGGUUUUUCAAACCACUGAGCUAGUUGCUCCCUGCAACCUCCUCCACUGGCUUUUCUGAAUCACCCAGAUGCCUCUCUAGCUUUGAACAGUCAAAACAGCCUUACAAGGAACCAGAAACUUCCCUUCUACUAGGCUGCAAAUGUGGCUCCUGUAAAUUAUUUUCCCUUCUAAACAGUGCACCAGGGAUGUUAUCUGAGGGGGAAAAAAUGCCUGCCUUGGGGUCUGCAAUUUUGGAACACUGCGAUAUGGAACUUGGACUCUGGAGAGUUUGUAAAAUAUCCUUGUUCUUUUACCACCAACUUAGAGAACUGUUUUUAAAGAGUCCUCCCAGGGCUCGUGGACAGAAGCCACUUGCCCUCCUCUGAUAACAGCCUCAGUACAUGUUCAGAUUUGCUGUUCAGCUAGAGACAGGGACCUUGUGGGUGUCACCAGUUCACAUCUUCUCUUUGAGCCCUGUUGUUGCUCCCCACCCCCCACCCCCACCUCGGGGCUCGUGGAGUAGAUGAGAGAAGUCUGAAAAAUUCAGAGUUUGAAGGCUCCCAUUUGUAAAAACAAAAUCCUUUUAAAGUCCCUUUUCUUCUCCCCAGUCCCACCCCCACCACCUAUAGCCAUGGCC